GUAAAGUCGGUAAAAAACCAGUACACGCGAUACACAAGCUAGGUAGGUUGGUUAUAAAAGGCACCUAAAGGGGUGACACGAGCAGCUGCGAAGCAAACAGCCACGCACUGCACAUUACAGGCACAGCUGCUUAUAAAAGGACAGCGUGAGGUGGUGAGCCUUUCCGCCGUAGAAAGGUGGUUAUAUAGCUGCAUGGCACGCCACUUCACGGAGGAAGAUGCUGUUGGGAAGAUAAUGGCGCAUGCCAGUAGAGGGGGUAGCUUGGAGAUCGUCCCUCACAGCGGCGACCUGGAGCUGGAGCUGCAGCCGAUUGACGUGCUGCGGCAGGACUCGCUCUACCGCGACGCCACGAGGCCAGCUCACGGCAGCCACCAUGGACAGGAGAGCUGGGUCCGGACGAUGAGGCUGGCGUUCCAGUGCGUGGGGAUCCUGUACGCUGACCUCGGCACGUCGCCACUGUACGUGUACUCCAAUACCUUCAAGAAAGGCGUCGGCCAGCCCGACGACGUCCUCGGCGUCCUCUCCAUCAUCAUCUACAGCUUCGUGCUCUUCACCAUGAUCAAGAUUGUUUUCAUCGCCCUCUACGCCAACGACGAGGGUGACGGUGGGACGUUUGCUCUCUACUCGUUGAUCUCGCGGUACGCAAAGGUGUGCCUGAUCCCGAACCAACAGGCCGAAGAUGAGCUCGUGUCACGGCACAAACAUCACACAAAGCCGUCGGCGACACUUAGGAGAGCUCAGUGGAUGAAGAACCUGCUGGAGACGAGCAAGGCAGCAAAGAUUUCGCUAUUCUUGCUCACCAUCCUUGCGACAGCGCUGGCCAUCAGCGACUGCAUGCUAACCCCUCCAAUAUCUGUACUGGCGGCGGUCAACGGCCUGAAAUUGAGAGCCCCUCAUCUGACAACAGAUGAAAUGGUAUGGAUCACCGUGGCGAUUCUAGUGGUGCUCUUUGCGAUCCAACGCUUUGGGACAGACAAAAUUGGUUACACAUUUGCACCGGUGGUUGCUGUGUGGCUGCUCCUCAUCGCAGGUAUUGGUAUCUACAACACGGUCAAGUACGAUAUUGGCACCUUGAAGGCUUUCAACCCGAAAUAUAUCAUUGACUAUUUCCGAAGGAACAAAAAGAAAGGAUGGGUCUCACUGGGUGAAAUUCUCCUUUGCUUCACAGGCACAGAAGCUCUUUUUGCUGAUCUGGGAUACUUCAGCAUCAGAUCGAUCCAGCUGAGCUUCACCUUUGGCUUAUUACCUUCGGUGUUGCUCACCUACAUUGGGCAAGCAGCAUACCUGAGGGAACACAUGAACAUGGAUAUAUCUAACGCUUUCUUCAAUUCGAUUCCAAGCUCUUUGUUUUGGCCAACUUUCGUCCUCGCUCUCAUUACAUCAGUCAUCGGAAGCCAAGCUAUGAUCUCGUGUGCCUUUGCAACGAUGUCACAUUUACAAGCACUUAACUGUUUCCCGAAAGUUAAGCUACUACAUACAUCAAGGCGUUAUUCAGGGCAGUUGUAUUCCCCUGAAGUGAACAUCUUCCUUUGCAUAUCUGCUUGUGUAGUCACUCUAAGCUUCAGGACAACUGGUUUCAUUGCCAAAGCACAUGAAAUUUGUGUGGUCCUUGUGAUGGUCAUCACAACUCUCUUGAUGACAAUAGUGAUGCUCCUCGUAUGGAAAGUAAGCAUUUGGUGGAUAGCUGUCUUCUUCAUUGUCUUCAUGUCAACGGAGUCUAUCUACACAUCUGCAGUUCUAUAUAAGUUCACCCAUGGACCCUACGUUCCAUUGGCCAUGUCAGCGGUUCUAAUGGUGAUUAUGAUUGUGUGGCACUAUGUCCAUGUCAAACGGUACAAGUAUGAGCUUGAGCAUAGUGUGACACGUGAUGAGGUGAAAGAUCUCCUUGAGCAUCGGGACCUAAAGAGGGUUCCAGGAUUAGGGCUCUUCUACACCGAGUUGGUGCAAGGCAUACCGCCCAUAUUCCCUCAUCUCAUUGAGAAGAUCCCUACCAUUCCCUCAGUGAUUGUCUUCAUCACAGUGAAGCAUUUGCCAAUCCCCCAUGUUGAUGUCUCGGAGCGCUUCCUCUUCCGACAAUUGGAGCCCAAAGAGUUCAUGGUGUUCCGUUGUGUGGCGCGGUAUGGGUACCGUGACACGCUCGAGAUGGCCAACGAUUUCGUCAGUAUCUUAGUUGAGUAUCUUCAAUACUAUGUCCGGGACAUCAACCUCUACGGAGUAGGUGAGCCAUUGAAGAUUAUCUACCAUAGCGCUCGCAUUGACAGCUUUUCUUGGGAGAAGCCCUCAGGACAUGCCAUCUAUGCUGAGGAAAUGCUUACACCAGUCCAAUCCUUCUCGGAGCUCACAAUGCAUCCAGUUAAUAUGAGCAGUAGUAGAUUGGCACAAUUCCAGACAGGGAAAAUGAACCUAGAAGAGAUGUUGAAGAUUGAGGAAGAUCAAAAAAUCAUCCAACGCGAGGUGGACAAUGGUGUUAUUUAUAUAGUUGGGGAGAGUGAAGUGGUAGCCAAGACUCAUUCAAACCUGUUAAAGAAGAUUAUUGUGAACUACAUCUACAGCUUCCUAAGGAAAAACUCAAGGAAUGGAGAGAAGAUGUUAUCCAUUCCACGGGGCCAACUACUCAAGGUUGGAAUUACAUAUGAGAUCUAGAUCUCAUGGAGUAUAAAUAUUUGACAGAAACAAUUUCUUCACAAUUCAUGCAUGUUAUGUGAUGAUAUAUAUAUUUCAAUGGGCCUACAUCAAUGGUGUGAUGAUAUGCGCCAACUAAUAAACCCUAGUCGACAUAUAUGUGUUUGGCUAAUGUUUAAGGGUACAACAACUAAGCAACAAAUAUAUGGUUCACCCUUUAUUUACAGAAAUUAACCAGCAAAUAUGUGUAUAUAUUGGGUGCGCAGCUAGUAAUCUCUGUUUUAUUUCAAUAGUAGUUUGGAUGAAAAAUAGGGGAUAGUAGAUUAAUCAAAUCAACAGUAUGCAGACAGGCCUCCAGAACUCUAUCAUGCACAAUCCCUUGUACCCUAAUUGGUUCAGUAAGAAAUUGCACUCUA